AUGGAGGACCGGCUGAGCAGCCUCCCCGACGACCUCCUCCACUCCAUCCUCUGCGGCCUCCCGCUCAAGCACGCCGCCCGCACCAGCGCCCUCUCCCGGCGGUGGGUGCCCCAGUGGAUCCGCGCACUCGCCACCUCCCCUGUUCUCGACUUCACCGACUGGGACUUUGCCCGCGGCCAGCCGCCGGCGCGGCCUGCGGCCACGGUGGAUCGAUGCCUCCGGCUCCAUGCCGAGCAUGGCACGCCGCUCCACGUGUCCCAUGUGGCGCUGGUGUCCGUGUCCCCAUCGGGGCCGGGCGACGGCGCGUUCGGGCGGGACGUCGUCUGGUGGAUCGCGGCCGCCGUGGCGUGGGGCGCCAGGGAGGUGGAGGUGGACCUGACGACGUCGCAGGAGGAGGACGCGGUCCCGCACGCCGACCACGGAAGCGCGGCGUUCCUGGAGCUCCCCGCCGACUUGUUCCGGGCCAGGAACUAUCAGAUGCAGGGUAAAGAUGAGAUCAGGGAGCAAUCCAAAACAUAA